AUGUUCCUAGGUGCUGUAUGCACACGUAGAAAGACGUUCGUUCUAGUGUGUGCAGUGCUGCCGUUUGUGAUCGGCCAAACAGAACCACAGCGUGGAUCGUUAUGUAGAUCGUCAAGUGGCUCACAAGGAAGUUGUGUGUUUUUAAAACAUUGUCCAAAGCUAAGAGAAAUCGUUGAGAGGCCGUACGUUAACCGGCAGGAGAUUAACUUACUAUUAGGAGCGGAAGGUGCAUGUCCCCCCAAGUCGGAGCAAUAUUGCUGUCCGGAUGAGGAUAUUCUGUGGCACGCGAGCUCUACAACGCAACGGUCCCGGAAGACAGUGGAGAUGGAGGAGGAUAAUGCAAUAGCUGAUCAAGACUGUCUCCAGACACACCUUGGAAUGGGCAGUGGAUCCAUUGGAAGACCUUCGCUAGACACCUCGUUUGGAGUGUUUAUAUCGUACAUAGGCCACAAUAAGCAAAACAGAUGUGUGGGUAACUUGAUCACACCCGAGUACGUCCUCACAGUGGCCCAUUGCGUACGCAAACCGUACAGAAUAGUUCUGUACGUAAAUGCACAACACAUCACAGUUGACACGGUGCUGGGAGUGCUGAAGGGUGACGUGAACCCAACGUACGUGCGGGAGGUCAUCAUCCACGAGGAGUACAACAAAACCACGCGUGUCCACGAUAUUGCUUUGCUGCAAUUAAAUGAGACCAUUGCUCCGGGAGAUAUCGGUUCGCCCACACCGAUCUGUAUCCCGAUGGGUGCCAUACCCGAUGAGAAUACCUCUACCGGUCAGAUCCUACGCUGUUUCGGUUGGGGUGAAAAUGCGGACGGUGUCCCGAGUAACAGUAAGCAGUGGGUAACGCUAGAGCGCAUCUCUCAGGCACUGUGUAAAGCUCAUAUGGACUCGAUACCAAAACCGCUGGCGCAAAGGGUGUUGUUGACGGAACGCAACAUCUGCACCAUCACCAUCACCGGGCAUGAUGCGUUCAUGGGAUAUUCCGGUGGUCCACUGAUGUAUCGGAAGGAUGGUACCUGGUUCUUGAUUGGAUUGAUCAGUCACGGGGUCACCCGUAACAGCAUGUUCCCGUUGGUUUCAAUCAAUGUUCCACAGUAUUCGGAUUGGAUUGUGGACACCAUUCGCAUAAGGCAGAACAACAAGUAA